CAACUCUGCAAACCUAUGUUAAAAAUCGUGUAUUUGUUGAGCUUACUUUCUCAUUGCUCGAACGACAGCCAGCCAUGUUCAAGGUCACUAACGUUCGUCUUAAUCUAAAAAUAUAAGAAACGCGUUCCUGUAGUAUUACGGAAAUGCCCAAUGUUGACGAGCGACAAUCAGUGCCCCAAAGCGCAUGUCAUGGCAAUGCUGGAGAUGCGGGCAACAGAGGCGGCUUACAAGAGCCGCUUCUGGGCACAGAGGACGCGGAAACAGCAGGACCGCAGCUGCAUCCUUCCGACAAAGAAGCUCCACAUGCAUCCGCGGGGGUCUUCCAGGACAUGAUGUCUCAGGCCUCCCUGGCCUGGCCGCUAGUUCUCAACCUGCUUGCCGCCUAUUCCACCUCCAUCAUCAGCUUCUCAUUCGUGGGACACCUGGGCACCCGCGAGCUGGCAGCCGCUGCACUGGGCAACUCCUUCACCGGCAUCACGGCUCGCUACGUGCUGCAGGGGCUGUGUGGGGCGCUAGACACGCAGGCUGCACAGGCGUACGGUGCGGGCAACCUGGGCGCCCUGGGCCCCAUCUUCAAGCGCACGCUGCUGUUCCUGUGGCUGCACUGCCUGCCGCUGACGGGAGUGCUGCUGGGGGCGCCAGGCCUGCUGCGGCUGCUGAGCCGGGAGGAGGAGCUGGCGGGUCGGGCGCACAGGUACAUCCUGGCGCUCAUACCUGCUGUUUGGCUGGAUGCAGCGGCCAGGCCCCUCAACCGCAUCCUGGUGGCCCAGCGCAUCACUCGCCCCCAGAUGGUGAUCUCGCUGCUCAUUGUGCCCCUCCAUGUGGCAACAACCUACCUCUUCAUACACACAGUGGGCCUGGGGUACGUGGGAGCAGCACUGGCGGUCGGCGCAACUAACGGCUACAAUGUGCUGCUGACGUCUGCCUACAUUUGCUGGGCGGGGCUGGCGCCAAGGGUCUUCGGGGGUGAAUGGUCUCGCGUGUUUAAGGGCUGGAGAGACAUGGCGGCACUAGCUUACCCAGCCAUGGUCAUGCGUGUGGCGGAGGCGGCUGCCUACAGCGCUAUGACGGUCAUCGCAGCAGCACUGCCCAACCCUGAUACCUCCGUGGCCGCCAUCAGUGUGGCCUUCAGCACCUGCGCGGUGCUCUACAUGCCCUUCAACGCCUUCGGAAUGACCGCCUGCACGCAAGUGGGCAACAUGCUGGGCGCGGGUGACGGGCGUGCCGCCCGCACGGCCGCUCUUGCCUCCUCCCUGGUUGCCCCGCUGCUGUGGGGCUGCACAGCGGCGCCGCUGCUGCUGGAACCCCACUGCAGGGCGGCAGUCAUCUCCGUGUUCACCAGCAGUCGGGAUGCAGAGCUGCUGGGGCUGCUGCGGCCGCUGAUGGCGCUGGUGGCGGCGGUGACGCUGUUUGAUGGCACCCAGACCAUACUGACGGGCGUGGUGGAGGGUGCUGGCAAGCAGCUGCACGGCUCCUACACCAACCUGCUGGUGUUCUACGGCCUGGCAGUGCCGCUGGCGCUGUGGCUGGCCUUCCGGCGGGGGCUGGGC